GUCGUCGCCGCCGCUGGGAUCGAAAAUAGAAAAUAUGUUUCCCGAGCCGUGUUUGAUUAGUAUGAAAGCAAUUAAUAUUCGUUUGUCGUAACACUGAGUAUCAAGUGACUACGACUAAACAUUUACGAUCACAUCUACUAAUUGUACUGGUGAUGAAUUUUAUCCUCAAUUAUGGAAGAACCAUAUGAAAAAGAAUUGUAUAACAUAUUCAAAAGUUUUGAUAGUGAUGAAAAUGAUGAAUUGGAUCAUAAGGGGGUGAAUGCUCUUUGUGAAACAUUACAGUUGGAUUUUAGCCAGCGUAAACAAUUAUGGUCAUUCCUGGAUCAGAACUCUAAUGUUUCAUUUGAACAAUUUCGUGAUGCUCUUGUUUACUUGGCCAAUAAUGGUUCAAAAGAUGAAACUUAUUCUAGAGACAUCUCUCCUGUAAGAGAAAUAUCUCCAAAGUAUGUUUUUGGCGAAAAAAAAUAUGGCCGCCGAACAAAGCCUCGAGAAGACAGUUUUAUAUUAAAUCAAUCAGAUAUAACUCAAGAUUUAAACAGCAGUAUACCAUUAUCACCUCGAAAAUUAGAUUAUGUUCAUAUAAAUUCUGAGUUUAAAUUGGAUGAGGGAACACAGAAUAAAGACAUAUUAUCACAAUGUGAUGACAAGCAUGAUUUGUUAAAAGAAAGAUUGAUAAUGGAUAAGCACAAUUUAAGUCUGGCCUGUGAACAUUUGGGUAUUACUUCUAAUGGACUGAUAUCAAAAUCUCAAUUAUUUGAUGUAAUCCAACAUUUUGACUGCAAUGAAAAAUUAUUUGAGAAGAUCAAUGAUAAAUAUUCUAAUGAUAGAAUACCAAUUAAAGAAGUUCUUGAAUUAAUCAGUUGUCUAGAUUACCGGUCUGUUUCACCAAACUCUGAAACAUCAACAUCAGGAGUCUCUUCAACAUCAUAUUAUCAUAGAGAAGAUAAUUUACCAAACUCAAUGAUGGUGAGUAUAAGCACUAUUAUUGAAUUAUGGGAAAGCUGUGGUAUACCAGAGUCUGUUAAUCUAUUACAAGAAUUAGGAAUUGAUACAUCCUUGGAUUCUGUUUAUGUACCUGAUCUAGUAACUACUGUCAGCAAUCAACUCCAUAAAGUUCGAAAUAAUUUUGUUGAUUCUUCAUUAACAGAAUAUGAUUCAAUUAAUACACCAUUUAUUUUGCUAAAAGCUCUAAGUUCAUUGAAUGAAUAUCAGGUUAAAUGGCUCAAAAUGAUUAUUGAGCAAAUGAAUUGUGAAAGAGAUAAAUUAAAAUAUGAUGUUGAUACUGCCAACAACAGAGCAGUAAUGCUUGCGCAAGAAGUAGAUGAAAAUCAUAUACGAUUGGAAAAAUCUUCAGCAAAUAAAAUUGCUGCUCUAGAACACAAACAUCAAGAAGAACGAAAAACACUUAUUGAUCAAUGGGGUUCAGAAAAAGAUCAAUUACUUAACCAAAAUAUAUUGCUCAAUGAUAAACUACAACAAGUACAAAAUUAUGAAAACGAAUUACAAUCUGAACUUUUAAAUAACAAAAAACAACUAAACUUAUUAGAAAGUGAAAAUGCUGCAUUAAAUAAACAAUUAGAUGAUAUAAAACAAAAAAAUUUUUCAUUAGAAGUUCAAGUUCAAGAAAUUCCACAAUUAAAACUUAAAGAACUGGAACUGGAAUCUAAUAAUGAACAAAUCAUUGAUCUCGUGCAAAAAAUUGAUUGUUUAAAAAAUGAAAAUAAGUGUCUUAGAGACCAAAAUGAUGAAUUGGUUAUAGAGCUUGAAGCAACUAAAAUGAUAGAAAAUGUGGGUACUGAUAGGUCAUUUGACAGUAAUGUCAGGAAUUUCUUGGCGGAAAAAAAUAGUCCUAACUGCUUUGGCAAAGUGAAAGAAUUUACUACAGAAUUUUCUACUGGGGAAGGUGGAAGUGAUUGCACAAAUACAUUUGAAACAUAUACAAUUGAGUCUGAAUUUGAAACAUGGAAUAAAGUUGAAAAUUCACAUAAAUCAGAUCACGAAUCCCCUCAGACAUCAUUAAUGCUUGUGAAUAAUAUAAAAACAACUUUAUCUGCUCAACCACACAUCCAACUGUGUCAUUUAAAUGAAUUAAUUGAUUAUUUGGAACAUAUGAAACAAUAUUCAAAAUCAGAUCAUUUACAACAGGAGAUUGAACAAAAAGAGUCUCAAGAAUCAAUGCAAAAAUCUUCAGAUAGUUUUAUGACUUCUUCACCUUUAAAUAAAUAUCCAACCAGGAGGUCAUUGAAUAAGCAAUUUGAAAAUACAAUGGAAACAGAAUUUAUUGGUUCUACUUUGAUAGAAGUGACAAAUGGCAGUGUUGAAAAAUUAAAGCAAAUGUACAAUCAAUGUAAAUUAGAAAAUCAGGAGUUGCAUGACAAGUGUAAAAAGAUUGAAAAGUACUGGGAAUCUAGGUACAAUCAACUAUGCGAAGUGGCAGACAAAGCUCUGGAUGAGGCUAAACGGUUAAAAGAUGAAAGUACUGAAUUAGAAAAAGGUAUGGAUGCAUUGCGUAAUGAAUACUUCGAGUGUGAAGAAUAUUGGUCAUUAAAAUUAGAAGAAGAACGUAAACUAAAUGAAUUGGAGAAGAAAGUUAGUGAAGAAAAAUUGAAUAAUCUAGAAGUUAAGAUUAAAGAGUACAGUGAUAUGUUAGAAGAUACAACUGAUAAUAAAUUACCUUCAAUUGAUGAAAAUGCCGAACUUGAAGAACAAAUCAAUUGCGUUCAACAAGAAUUUUCCAGUUACUGUGUAAAAAUUGAAGAAGAAAUGGAAAAACUUAAAAUUGAAAAUGAAAAAUUGAAAUCUCAAAUUGUUAUUCCAGUUGAAAAAGUUGAUCGUGGAGUUCCUAACUGUCGAUUUAAAGAAGAAUGUGAAAAUUGCCACGACAAUUUAAAAACAAAUGGUGAAUUUAAAAAUAAACAGUUUGAUUUAAAAAAAAAUCGUGAAAAAUUAGGUAUGGAAUGCCGAAGUCUAUUACAACGAAGGAGUGCACUUAAAAAUGAAAUAUUGCAAUUGCAAGAAUAUCUUAAUGUACUUUCCAAUACCCACAAAGAUUUCUUUAUGCGAAAAGAAAUUAAUCAAGCAAAUCAAGUAUCUAUAGAUGCCAGGAAAUGCAAAGAACUGGAACAAAGACUACACGACGAACAGGCCAGACAUCAAAAGUUGACUAAUGCCAUAUGGAACGAGCAUCAGUCAAAGAUUGAUAUGGUACACAAAUUAUUGCGCGCAUCACAAGAUAAACUUGAAGAACAAAUUAAAAUGAGAAAUGAACAAAAUAAACAACUCAUGAGCGCUGAUAUGAUUGUUAAAGAACUUUUCAUCGAAAAUGCCAAAUUGAUGUCAAUGAUCCAUAGCCUCCAAACACAAAUUGACCAUUCAUCAAAUUAUAAUUCAGUGUAACUGGUAUUUUCACUAUUAUUAUUAUUUUUCUCCCACUAAUUGUUUUUGAAAAUACUGUGCAAUACUGUGCAGCUUGUUUUACCCACAUUCAUAGCUUUAAGGACUCAAACACUUCUAGUUUUUUAAAGUGUGGAUCUUUAUCUAUUUUUGUUCUAUUUUGUAUUAUCAUUUUUUUUUAAAUUUAUUAUUAAUAAUAAGUUAAGUUUAAAUAUGUUUCCUAAAUAUAAAAUUAUUGUAAACAGUGCCUUAAACAAGGAGCUUAUUAUAUAAGGCCUCAACCUAUUGAGCCUUUAUAUUUAUAUAUACGUAAAUUACAGCAGGGUAAUUUUAAAAUGACAAAAAUAUCUAAAAAAAAAAAAAAAACAAUAUAUUCUAUUGUAUUUUAAUCAGAUAUCAUCGUACUAUUAUUAUAUUAUGUAUUAAUAAUGUAACUUUUGUUGUGUUUACUGUUAAUUACUUGUAGGCUAUAUUACA